GACAUCAACACCGAAUGACGCACAUCCUUAGUAUAUCGGCACCGUGCUGCUAACGCUAAGCUAAGCCAAGCCAAGCCAAACGCUGGCAUUGGUGUAACAUUGGGUCGUUUUUUUUGGCCUAUUAUCCGUGCGUGAAAUAGUCCUGGAUCGCGUAGAAGACCGCGCUACACUUUUGUCGUAUUUGUCUGGGAUGUAUGGAUGGAUAGUCGACGGACUCUCGUCGCUGUUUGAGCCCGUUACGAGGCAAAACACCACCGACUGGCCCGGGAAAGGUGACGGCGUGGAGGCGGGAGCACGGCGACAGGAGACCCUCGGCAGACCGGCUAAACGCAACUACCAGAGGUCGGUUGUUGAAGAUUAUCCUAUAUUCCUGUUCUCCGACCGACGUGUCAGCGUUGAUGUUGCAGACGGCGUUUUCCAGAGUGACCAGCUAGAGGUGAAAAGAAGGAGGCGAGAUGUGGUCGUUGGCUUCGUGAAGAAGACGGCGGCCGGCGUAGCGAGCCUGCUCAGGCUGCGGAAUCCGCCGACGACCAGUCGAGAGAAGUCGAGGCAUUAUGAAGACGUGCCGCCUGUUACUCUGAUGGGGAUAGACGAGCUCCACACCUCGUGGUUGAAAAGCACUGAGUGGAGAAUGAGCAAACCAGUAAUUAGAAUGAAUGAGAGGAGUGGGAAGAAUCCCUUUCAGAGCUCUUCACCUCCUUCAAUAAGGAAAUACAGCGGCACAGGGCUGCCCGACCGGGAGAGGAGAGGCUCCCUGCAGCUGCUGCCCUCCAGACCUGCUGUGAGGGUGGGAACCACUAACCCUGAUCUGACCUGUAAUGGCUUUGGACACCACCGCUGCUACAAGCCCAGUCUUACUGUAGAAGAGGCCAUAAAGCAGAACGAUAAGGAGCACUACAGGCGCUUGCUGGUGAUGGUAUCCGAGAAGUACAGCAAAAGCCAACCACUACCUUUCAACCAAACAAAACCGCAAGAUGAGUCGCUUUCACAGGUCGACCACCAGACUGCUGCUUCAGGAAAAGCGUUGAACCCCGGCUGCAGGAAGGCGCUGUACACAGCUUCCCCAAGUGUGUUUACAUGGAGAAAUGCAUCUGCUACCAAGGAAAGGUGGGGAAGCUUCCCAUUUAGUAAGACAUUCAGUGGAGCCCUUGAGGAAACGCAGCCUGUUGGCUGUGUGAAGCACAAACCGUCUGCAGAUUUGGACCUUUCUACAGAAGUAGCUACUCGCCUCAAUCUAGUGGACCGAGAGCCUCCUGCAGUCGUCCUCCCAGACGCACACGCGUGGCACAGUGAUGAGGACAUACCCAGGCUCACCAAGGAUAUGGCAGCAGAGGUGAGUUGUGCUCUGGCUCAGCGUGACCCCAACCUUGUCCUCAGCGCAGCUUUCAAACUACGCAUCACACAGAGAGACCUGGCCACGCUGCAGGAAGGCGGCUGGCUCAACGAUGAGGUGAUAAACUUCUACCUGUCCCUGGUGAUGGAGCGCUGCUCCAGUGAAGCAGCAGGAUUAAAAAUCUACUCGUUCAGCACCUUCUUCUUCCCGAAGCUGCGAGGAGGCGGGCAGGACGGAGGACACACAGCGGUGAAGCGCUGGACCAAGGCUGUCGACAUUUUCCUCUACGACCUCGUCCUCGUCCCUCUGCACCUGGGCGUCCACUGGGCGAUGGCUGUAAUUGACUUUAAGUCAAAGACUGUGAAGUCCUAUGACUCGAUGGGACAGAGGCACGACGACGUCUGUAGUCUUUUACUACUCUACCUUAAAGAGGAGCACAAAGUAAAGAAAGGGAGAGAGCUUGACAGCCCAAAAUGGACUGUUGGAAGCUUGAGGGCCACUGAGAUUCCCCAGCAGAGAAAUGGCAGUGACUGUGGUGUUUUUGUCUGUAAAUAUGCUGACUAUAUUGCAAAAGGAAGGCCGCUCUCCUUUAAACAGUGCCACAUGCCUGUCUUCAGGAAGUUGAUGAUUUGGGAAAUCCUCAAUCAGAAACUAUGUUAGAGACUUGCAACAAUCUUAAUUAACUGCCUGACAAAAGUGACUUUCUAAAUUGGAGCAGCAUCUGUAUACAGUAACUACAUGUUGAAGAAUAAUAAAGGAAUGGGCCAAAGAAGUGGACUCAGCGGCGGAAAAUGGAACCCAGGGUAGCUGUUCAGGUCCGAAAAAAUGUUAGUCUUAAAGGUGAUUCUGUUCCUUUUUCUGUUGGGACGUAUUGACACUUUGUCAUCUCUGAGUUGUAAUUGGAGACUGUAUUGGGAUGGAAGAAGUGUAUAAAUUACACACAACUUUGGCACUACUGACUGAAUGGCUUUUUUUAUUUUUUAUUAUUGACUUUAUAUUGUUUUUCUGUUUAUUUCUGCCCAAAGUGCCUUCAGCCCUUUAAUAAUGAGCUCAUGUUAGAGCAUGCUUUUGCAUAUGAUUGAAAGUUACUUGGAUACAUGCAACUCAAAAGGCCGAGUAAGAAUUUGUUAAUUGCAUUGUUGCUCUAAUAUUUUCUUCCAAAUUGCAAUCAGCAGAGUGGACAGCAACUAACUUCAAUGCUGCUUCAACGCGAAACUCAAUCUCUCUGUAAAAGACGAUGAAAAUCAAAAUACCUCCUUUCAGGCCCCCUUUUGAGACAGGUUGCAUGCAUGGUUGAAUGCUUUUUAGUGUGUUUGUUUUGAUAUUG